AUGGCGAAGGGCGAGUGCCAGACGUCGAACAAGCUCGAGUACGACCCCAACGAAAAGGAGGAGGCGCCGCCCGAGCUCGACGAGGGCGACAUCGAGCUUUUGAAGACCUACGGCAACGGGCCCUACACGCUGGCGCUGAAGAAGUGCGAGGACGACAUCAAGAAGCACGAGAAGAAGGUCAAGGACCUCAUCGGCAUCAAGGACAGCGACACGGGCCUCUGCAUCCCGUCGCAGUGGGACCUCGUGAGCGACAAGCAGACCAUGCAGGAGGAGCAGCCCCUCCAGGUCGCGCGGUGCACGAAGAUCAUCGACGAGGGCAACGAGGACUGCAAGUACGUCAUCAACGUGAAGCAGAUCGCCAAGUUCGUCGUCGGCCUCGGCGAGAAGGUCGCGCCGACGGACGUCGAGGAGGGCAUGCGCGUGGGCGUGGACCGCACGAAGUACGCCAUCCAGAUCCCCCUGCCGCCGAAGAUCGACCCCACCGUGUCCCUCAUGACCGUCGAGGACAAGCCGGACGUCACGUACGACGAGGUCGGCGGCGCGAAGGAGUCGUUGGAGAAGCUCCGCGAGGUCGUCGAGCUGCCCCUGCUCCACCCGGAGCGCUUCCUCACGCUGGGCAUCGACCCGCCCAAGGGCGUCCUGCUCUACGGCCCGCCGGGCACGGGCAAGACGCUGUCCGCGCGCGCCGUCGCGAACCGGACGGACGCGUGCUUCAUCCGCGUCAUCGGCUCCGAGCUCGUGCAGAAGUACGUCGGCGAGGGCGCGCGCAUGGUCCGCGAGCUCUUCACCAUGGCGCGGUCGAAGAAGGCCUGCAUCAUCUUCUUCGACGAGGUCGACGCGAUCGGCGGGAGCCGGACGUCGGGCGACGGCGACGGCGGCAGCGACAACGAGGUCCAGCGGACCAUGCUCCAGAUCGUCACGGAGCUCGACGGCUUCGACCCGCGGGGCAACAUCAAGGUCCUCAUGGCGACGAACCGGCCGGACACGCUCGACCCCGCGCUCCUGCGGCCCGGGCGCCUCGACCGCAAGGUCGAGUUCGGCCUCCCGGACCUCGAGGGCCGCACGCACAUCCUCAAGAUCCACGCCAAGACCAUGGCCGUCGACGCCGACAUCCGCUACGAGCUCCUGGCGCGCCUCUGCCCCAACACGACGGGCGCGGAGCUCCGGAGCGUGUGCACGGAGGCGGGCAUGUUCGCGAUCCGCGGCCGCCGCAAGUCCAUCACGGAGAAGGACAUGAUCGACGCCGUCAACAAGGUCAUCAAGGGCUACCAGAAGUUCUCCUCCACGCCGAAAUACAUGGUCUACAACUGA